GUCGAGGAACUACUACAAACUUCAGGAAGCUGGAGGAAGUUUCUUAUUAACGUUACGACUGCGUUUUUAACCUUUUAACUACAGUUUAAAUUCCCGAGUUUUUGCGACAACAAACCAAGCGGCGGGUGAAAAUACUAUUGUUUUUGUGUUGAUUAUUUAAAAAAAAGCUGUCUUUGUAGCUCAACUGUGUGCAAGUGUAAAGCAGAAGGACGAGCAGGAAAUAAAGUCGCUACACAUCACUAACUAAAGAUGUUAGCUUCGAGUCUGCUGGCUAACUACUGUACCGAACUUCAUGAUGACCAAGCGCAUAAAGUGGACAAAUACCUGCACCAGUUUCAGCUGUCAGAUAAGACUUUGAUGGAUUUGUCAAUAAGAUUUCGACGAGAGAUGGACAAAGGCCUGUGCAGAGACACCAACCCCACAGCUGCUGUCAAGAUGUUGCCCACGUUUGUGCGCUCCACUCCUGACGGAACAGAACAAGGUGAAUUCCUGGCACUAGAUCUGGGUGGAUCCAACUUCCGAGUGCUUCUGGUCAAAGUUAUGGCUGAUGGCAAGCCAGCGGUGGAGAUGGAAGAUCAGAUAUAUGCCAUUCCUGAACACCUCAUGAGAGGCUGCGGAUCUGAGUUAUUUGACCACAUAGCUGAUUGUCUGGCUAACUUCCUGGAGAAGUUGGGUAUAAAGGAUAAAAAGCUUCCUCUGGGUUUCACCUUCUCUUUUCCCUGUCAGCAGACCAAGUUGGAUGAGGCUGUUUUGGUGUAUUGGACUAAAGCUUUCAAGUCAAAUGGAGUAGAGGGAAAGGAUGUGGUCAGCCUUCUUAGAAGAUCUAUCAAAAAACGAGGGGACUUUGACGUUGACAUUCUGGCUGUGAUCAAUGACACAGUAGGAACCAUGAUGACCUGUGGCUACGAUGAUCAUCACUGUGAAAUUGGCCUCAUUGUGGGAACGGGGACCAAUGCCUGCUACAUGGAGCAAAUGAGGAACCUUGAGCUGCUGGACGGUGACGAGGGCCGGAUGUGUGUUAAUACAGAGUGGGGUGCUUUUGGAGACGAUGGGGCUCUGGAGGACCUGCGCACCGACAUUGACCGGGAAAUAGACGCAGGCUCUCUGAACCCUGGCAAGCAGCUGUUUGAGAAGAUGAUCAGUGGCCUGUACAUGGGGGAACUUGUGCGUCUAAUCCUGGUGAGAAUGACCAAGGAGCAGCUGCUGUUCCAGGGCAAGACUACAGCAGAGCUCCUCACCACGGGAAGCUUCAACACCAGCUACAUCUAUGCCAUUGAGAAUGACAAAGAUGAGGAAGGCCUGGCGAGUGCAGAGAAGGUGCUCCGGGGCCUGGGUCUGGACCCGUUGGUUGAGGACUGCAUAUCCACUCAGAGGGUGUGUCAGAUAGUAUCUACACGGGCCGCACAUUUGUGUGCUGCCACUCUAGUGGCAGUUCUGCGGCAGAUUCGGGAUAACAAAGCAGCUGAGAAGCUGCGUACGACUAUUGGCGUGGACGGCUCUGUUUACAAGAGUCAUCCAGAAUUUUCGAGGAGGCUCCACAAGAUGGUAAGGCGACUUGUGCCGGACUGUGAUGUGCGUUUUUUGCAGUCGCAGUGUGGCAGUGGGAAGGGUGCAGCCAUGGUAACAGCAGUAGCCUACCGCCUUGCCGCUCAACAUGCUGAGCGUCAGCGCAUUCUCGACACCUUGCGUUUAAGCCGUGAACAGCUGCUGGAAGUAAAGAGGCGAAUGAGUGAGGAGAUGGUGCGAGGCCUGUCGAAGCAAGCGCAUGAGCAGGCAAGCGUCAAGAUGCUUCCCACCUAUGUUAGAGCCACACCGGAUGGAACAGAGAAUGGCGACUUCUUGGCUUUGGACCUUGGGGGCUCCAGCUUUCGGGUACUGCUGGUGCGCGUGCGAAGUGGAAAGAGACACAAUGUGGAGAUGCACCACAAGAUCUACACUAUUCCACAGGAGACGAUGCAGGGCACAGGGGAAGAGCUUUUCAGCCACAUUGUGUACUGCAUCAACGACUUUCUGGAAUACAUGGGCAUGAGUGGAGCAUCCUUACCUCUGGGAUUUACAUUCUCCUUCCCCUGUCAUCAAAGCAAACUGGAUCAGGGCAUUCUUCUAAAGUGGACAAAGGGUUUCAAAGCCAGCGGCUGUGAGGGACAAGACGUUAUCACAUUACUUAAAGAUGCUGUCCACCGCAGAAAGGAAUUUGACUUGAGCUUUGUGGCGGUGGUUAAUGACACAGUGGGAACCAUGAUGACCUGCAGCUAUGAGGACCCCAAAUGUGAAGUGGGACUCAUCGUAGGUGAGUCUGUCAACCCCUCACCUUCCUCUCUGGAAGGUGGAAGGGGGGGGGGGGGGGGUUGGAGUGGGGGAGCAUUUGGUGACAAUGGCGAACUUGAUGACUUCUGCACCCAGUUUGAUCGCAUUGUGGAUGAUUGCUCUAACUAUCCUGGGAAACAGAGGUAUGAGAAGAUGAUCAGCGGCAUGUACCUGGGGGAGAUAGUGAGGAAUGUGCUCAUGGAUUUUACUGCCAAGGGCUUACUGUUCCGAGGCAAACUGUCCGAGCGACUCAAGACCCGAUGCAUCUUCGAGACAAAAUUCCUGGCACAGAUUGAAAGUGACCGCCUGGCCAUGCGACAGAUCCGCUCAAUUCUGCAGCACCUGGGCCUCACCAGCUCCACAUGUGACGACUCCGUACUGGUGAAGGAAGUGUGCAGUGUGGUGUCACGCCGUGCAGCUCAGCUCUGUGGUGCUGGUUUAGCUGCUGUGGUCGACAAGAUACGACAGAACCGCAACCUGAAUCAGCUUUCCAUCACCGUGGGAGUGGACGGCACCCUUUAUAAGACACACCCUCAUUUCUCCAGCAUCAUGCAGGAGACAUUGCAGGAUUUGGCACCGCAGUGCCAGGUGACUUUCCACAAGUCCGAGGAUGGAAGUGGGAAAGGAGCAGCACUGAUCACAGCUGUGGCCUGCAGGAUCAAGCGCGACGGGCAGCACUGAAUUGUCAAGACUUUGGACAGGUAGAACCCAAAGCUCCUAUGACUGAUUUUUCUGUACCAGGUCACCAAAAUAAAGUCUCAUACACCUUGA